UACACGUGACAUGUCUAGCAGAGUGGCAUGGCUUUACUCUGAGAUGUUUACUUUCCUAUUACAGAGGGACCCGAUACACGAGGGAGGCGGUAAGGAAGAACUUGGGUUUCCUGUUUACUAGAACGUGAAGACACGUGAUUACAGGGAGUGUAACGUGCAAUGUGUUUACAUUAUGAGCAGUGAGAGCCGCCCGUGUAUUCUCCGUGCAGGGAAGAUGGAGCGGGGAGCCCGGUGUGUGCCGCCUGUGGACAUGCUGCACGCUCUGUACAGCGGAGUGUUCUGUAUUGCGGACUAUGUGGAGAUGUUACACAUGUACAGUACGGAGAGAGCGCUCAUCACCCGGGAGGGGGAUACGGAGCAAUUUCGGACUUUGUUAGCCGGACUUUUGGUUUGCAUUCCCUGGGGGGCUAAGAAACCCCCCACCCCCAUAUCAUUCCAGCAGACCUCAAAUCAAGAAGAAGUUGUUGCCAGAGUGAUCCAACGCGUCUGUGAAAAGAAGAAAAAGAACGUUCUAGCGUUUGGUUAUGGCUUGGCUGAUGAAAAUAACUCACUACAGGUCAUAAUUGCACCAAAUAUAUGUAGUUAUUAUCCUAAUUCAACGACAACUACUGUUAGCACCAGUGUUCUCUGGGAAACCCUUCUCGGUAGAGUAGGGGACAGUGUAAUGAUGCACUUACUUGAAAAUUGUUCCUUGUUUAUGAUUGUGCCACCCACAUGUUGCUAUCAAAUUAGUGGUGUACCAGUGUACAGUCUAUCCAGGACAGAGACUGUUUUACCUGCUUGGUUUAAACAGAGUUCAUCACUUUACAGGAGAAAUAUUUUAUUUCAGUUCACUCAGAAAAGCUCAAAAUCUUCUAAAAUAUGUUCUUUCAAAGCACAGAGCUGGAUGAAGCACACACCAGAAAAAAGAAAAGAGAUUUUUCCCUCUGUAAAUUGGGCUGCAACGGGAAUACCAGAACCUAAUAGUUUAGAGCUGAGACAUCCAAGAAAUGUUGGUGCCUCUUCCACCAAAACAAAGUGUAAUAAAAGAUUGUCAGAAUUGGAUAUAUGUAGUAUUCCACGUAAGAAAUGCAGGACAGCGCUGCCAUUGAACGACUGCAGUUUGGAUUUUACAAUGGAAGAGGUUAAUCCUCCUGUUCCUAAAGUCGAAGGUAUGUACCAUGUGUCACUAACAUCAUUCUCAGAAAAGCAGAAUAUCUCGAAACACAACAUCCUUGAAACAAAUGCUGCUGGUAAUGCUCUUCUACUACGUAACCAUGAUGUGCCACAAGAUUGUCCUACCUCACACUCUUUAAUGGGUACAACGCCAGAUAAAGGCAACAAUAUUUACAUUGAUUUUGGAAAGCUCUUGUAUUCAAGGCACCUUUCAAAGGAAGGUUUUUUAAAAACGUUUUUGCUCAACACACUUGAAGGAAACGCCAAAGGAAGUCUGACUUUGAUUAAAACUGUAUUCCUGAGAGCCAGCCCAUUCAUAGAAAACUCCCAUACAGAAUGCCAUUUUCAACGUAUGGAUAGUAAGAAACUUCCAAAUCGUUACUGGCAAAUGAGACACAUUUUUCAAGAAUUAAUACAAAAUCAUAAAAAAUGUCCUUACUUGGAACUCUUAAAGAAAUGUUGUAAUGUAACAGAAAAAGGGAUGAAAGUUGAUAGAUAUGGCAAUACCUUAUUAAACAUUGACAGUGAUCAGCCGAGUGAAAUGAAACCAUGCAGUACCUUAAACAUUGACUUUAAAAGAACUGACACAGUCGUAUCUUCAUUGCACAACCUUGUGGAGGAUGCCACUAAAAGUGAAAAACGAACUACAAGAUCUGUUAAUGAUACAGAGGUGUUGUUUUUUCUUGAGAAGCAUAACAGUGUCUGGCAAGUGUAUUCUUUUGUCAGGGAAUGUUUGCACAGAGUGGUACCGGAGACACUAUGGGGUUCCAGCCAUAACAAAUGCCGCUUUUUGAAAAAUGUGAAAUUGUUGAUUAAUUCUCCCAAAUCUGAAAAAAUGUGUUUGUCAGAACUAAUGUGGAAGAUAAAAGUUGAAGACUGCCUUUGGCUACAUCUUAAGAAAAGUUAUCACUUUGUUCCUGCAUCAGAACACUUAUUAAGAGAGAGAAUACUUGCAGAAUUCUUGUACUGGCUGAUGGACACUUAUGUUGUUCAGCUAUUAAAGGCAUUUUUUUACAUCACUGAAACCAUGUUUCAGAAAAACAAGCUUUUCUUUUACAGAAAAUGUAUCUGGAGAAAACUUCAAACCAUUGGAAUUUGGAAACAUUUGACAAAUGUAAAGUUGCAUUCAAUGUCACCUGAUGAAAUAGUGAGCAUGCAACAAAAGAAAAAACAUCCCCUGGUAUCCACAUUACGCUUCAUUCCAAAAAAAAAUGGAUUGCGCCCCAUAGCAAAAAUAUAUGCUGCUUUGGAGUUGCAACCGAGGAAGGAAGUCCUGCAGAAGAAGAUACGCAAUUUCAACAGUGAAGUUAAAAAUCUUUUUAGUGUUCUUAACUUUGAGAGAAGCAAGUCUCCUGGCAUCAUAGGCUCUACUGUGUUUGGUUUGGAUGACAUAUACAAGAAGUGGAAGAAAUUUGUUCUUGGGAUCCAAGCAUCAAACGCAGAAAGGGUCAAAUUUUAUUUUGUAAAGACUGAUGUGAAGGGAGCCUAUGAAACCAUUCCCCAUUCAAAGCUUAAUGAAGUGAUCAGGAAAGUUAUAAAUCCACACAUUGAAGAGAAAUACUGCAUACGACGCUAUGCCAAGCUAUGGAUCGAUUCAAAUGGCCAGAUAAGAAAAUUAUUCAGACAACAUGUGUCUACUUUCACUGAUUUUAUGCCAAACAUGAAAAGUUUUUUGUCACACCUUCAAGAGAGAAACUUGGUGCAGAACAGCAUCAUUGUGGAACAGAACCUUUUUCUGAAUGAGAGCUCAAGCAAAUUACUAGCAUUUUUACAGGAAAUGAUAUGUAACCAUAUCUUGAGAAUACACGAACAAUAUUUUGUACAGCGCUGUGGAAUACCUCAAGGCUUCAUGUUGUCAGCAUUACUUUGUAGCUUAUGCUAUGGUGAUCUGGAAAACAAAGUAUUUAAUGGGGUACAAGAAAAUGGAAUUCUAAUGCGACUUUCUGAUGACUUCUUGCUGGUUACAACCAAUUUAGAACAAGCUAAGACCUUUUUACGAAUCCUAGCAGAAGGAAUUCCUGAAUAUGGGUGCUCUAUAAGCCAGUAUAAGACCAUGGUGAAUUUUCCUAUUGAUGAUAUUCCAAGGUGCUCAGGAGUACAGCACUUACCAGCUCAAACAUUAUUCUCAUGGUGUGGCCUACUGCUCGAUACACAGACUUUGGAAGUUUUCUGUGAUUAUUCUCGAUAUUCUUGCACUUCAAUACGAUCCAGUCUGACAUUUUGCCAUUACAAGGCAGCAGGCAGUGCUUUGAAAAGUAAACUGAUAAAAGUUCUUCAACUUAAAUCUCAUGGUCUCUUCCUUGACCUUGAAAUAAAUAGCCUUCGAACUGUAUGCAUCAAUGUUUACAAGAUAUUAUUACUCCAGGCUUACAGGUUCCAUGCAUGUGUUUUACAGCUUCCGUUUAAUCAAAGAGUGAAAAAUAAUCCAUCUUUUUUUCUUACUGUAAUUUCUGAAAUGGCUCCGUGUCUAUACGUCAUUUUUAAAGCCAAGAACAAAGGAAUUGCUCUUGGAACGAAGAAUGCACCUGGACUAUUCUCCUUUGAAUCAGCGCAGUGGCUCUGCUACCAUGCAUUCAUCACCAAGUUGUCUAAGCACAAGGCUUUGUACAAAUGUUUGCUUGGCUCGCUUCAACAUUGCAAAAUUCAGGUGACGACAAUACUGCCCGAGGAAACCACUAGCCUGUUAAGAGCAGUAACUCAUCCUUCACUUCAUCGUGACUUUUCAACUAUAACAGAUUAACAUUGCUACUUUGUAUAGUAUGUGUUGAAACUGUAAUGAAUUUUGCUGUUUAAAAUCGGAGCUUCUCAAAGAGACAGCAUACCCCUGCCCAGGGCUACUGUUUUUCAUUCAUAUACAGAUCGUGAGACUAACAAUCUGGUUUUGUGGCGACAGAGGGCAUGUUCACACGAGGUGUGCUGUGGGAACAUAUGCAAAAUUGUGUGUUUUUCCUGCACCACAAUUCUUAAUGGCUCCCUCAUGCAUUGGCAAACACACAUACAACAGUACCAUGCUGUUUGGUGAGGCACAAUUUUGAAAAUCAUGCUUCACUAUUUUUACAUGCAUAGUGCAGACCAUUAAAAAUAUACCCUUAUUAAACCCAAUACCAAAAAUUUAAUGCAGCUUACCAAUCAUUAGAUAGGGUGGCUGUAUUAUUUUUGGACAGCAGUAUUGUCAGUCUGGGGAGAGGUUGAUGUUAGACGCACUAGCAGAUAUAGAUGGACUAACAAACUCCAGCUUACACUUUUUAAGAAGUUACAGCAACAAUUAGUUUU